UUUCGUUUUAUUAUCGUCAUAUUUCCAGCGAAAAAAUGUUCCGAGUCGUGGAACCUCCAACAAAAAAACAGCGUCUGCGGUAUGACAGAGACAACCUACAGAGGGCGUUUGAGGCCACUUUAGGCGGAGUUUCUGCGUACAGAGCCGCAAGGAUGUACUCUGUACCUGAAACGACCCUUAGGGACAGGGUAAAAGGUCGUGUUGAUAAAGAAGCAAAAGUAGGACACGAGACCAUUUUCACCAUCGACGAAGAAAAUGAGCUGUACAACCAUAUUACCUAUAUGGCCGAAAUUGGGUUUGGGUACUCAAAGAAAUCGGUACAGUAUAUUGGGAAAGAUUUUGCCGAGUCUUUGGGUAAAGCCAUGAAAUCCGACCAAAAAAGCCUAAGUGACAACUGGUUCUACGGCUUUUGUAAACGAUGGCCUGAACUGAAAUCCUCAAAACCUCAAAAACUUGAUCUAUCCAGAGCAAAAACUUCAAGAGAAACACUAAAUAAAUACUAUGAUGAACUUUUUAAUGUACUCACAAACAACAAAAUUUUAGAUAAACCCCAAAAAAUAUUCAACAUCGACGAAUCUGGUGUGAACAGUGAACACACCCCACCAAAAAUCAUAUGUAACAAGGACACUGUGCCACAAAAUAUAACAUCUGCACGGUCAUCGACAGUUACCAUCAUUGCAGCUGGAAAUGCUGCUGGUCAAAGUGUGCCACCAUAUUAUGUAUUCCCAGGACAACGCUGGAACGAUGACUUUAUGAAUGGUGCAUGCCCAGGGUCAGCAGGGGAGAUGUCAAAGUCUGGAUGGUCAAAUACAUCGGUGUUCCUGAACUACCUGACGAAACACUUCAUUUCGUAUGUUCCAACAGACAGCGAAUAUCCAACACUGAUACUCUAUGAUGGUCACCGAUCACACAUUUCGUUAACAUUGGCUGAAUGGGCAAAAGCGAACAAUAUCAUUCUUUUCGUUCUGCCACCACACUCGAGUCAUUUAACACAGCCCCUGGAUGUAGGCAUUUUCGGGCCUUUCAAAAAUAUCUACUAUCAGGAGUGUCAGCGCUUCAUGAAGUUAAAUCCUGGUUUAAACAUCACCAAAUACAACAUUGCCGAACUAACAUCAAAGCCCUAUCUCAAAGCCCUUUCUCCAGAGAAUCUAAUAUCAGCCUUCAAGAAGACCGGAAUUUCUCCAUUCAACAAAUUGGCAAUAGAUGACUCAAAGAUCGCACCAUCAACAAUAUUUCGUGAACCUGAUGUUGCAUGCGAAUCAACCAUACAUAAUAACGAAAAUACACCAAUCCAGAUGCAGAAUGCAGUUGAUGCACCACAUGAGUUAGAGUCACCAGCUGUUGAUUUCUUCACCAAAAAGACAAUAACAAAAGCAUUGAAGCCGAAACCCAAACGAUUCGUGCCUCCAUUCAAAAUCACAGGCAACUUGAUGCACGAAAAAAAUGUCCAGCAACUUACAGCCGCAGCAAACAAAAGUGUAGUACCACAAACUACCGAAGAUAAAGAAAAGGACACGCCAAAGGGACCUAAGCCGAGUACAUCUGGACUCGGCAAACAACAUGUGCCCAUUUUGAGUCCCGAGGAUGCGGACAGCGAUGAGGACAUUGAGGCUGAAUCGGAAUCAUGUUGCGUUUGCAAUAGAUUUGAGCCUGCAGAUAUUGACAAGUUCCCAUACAUAACAUUGGUGACAUGGGGAAAAUGUGACAAAUGUCCACAUUGGACUCAUUUGAAAUUAUGUACAAAUGUGAGAGUAAUACGACGGGACACUGAAUUUCUGUGUCCUCAUUGUGAAUAAACAUGUUUACAGUUUUACGAUUGAAAACACAGAUUAAUUCUCUGUGUAAAAGUAUACAAAUAAUUAAAAAUCUUAUUUUUGACAAAAUUGUGUUUUACAUUGUUUAUAAUGAUGAUAUAAUAUGUUAUGUACCCUAUUAAAAAAAUUAUGGCAAAUGUUGCCCACCAUACUUGAAUUUUUUUCCUUUUGUAACAUUAGC